UCCCGCUGAGCCAGCCAUCGGGAGCCGCUGGGAGCUGUCGGGAGCCGUCGGGGCCCCGCGGGAGCGGGCGGCGCGUCUCCGGCCCCGCGCUCUGACGCGCGCUCCCGGGGCGGCAGGCGCGCCCCCGACGCUAUAACUGGCGUGCAUGGAGUCGGGGCCGGCGCAGAGGAGCGGGCGGGCGAUGGGAGACGCCGCUCCGGCGGGAUAGAGGGGCGGAGACGGGGGUACCCCCGGGGCCCGGCCCGCCCGGGGCUCGCCGCGGGCCCGCACAGAUGCUAGUGCACAGCUACCCGGGCAUGGACCGCGCCGAAGGGCUGCCCGGGGCACCGGCCGGGGCCCGCCUGCCGCAGCUGCCCGCGCUCAACCAGACGCCCUACGGCUCGGCGCCGCCGCUCUGCCACACGCCCGCCGCCGACUUCCAGCCGCCCUACUUCCCACCGCCGUACCCGCAGCCGCCGCUGCCCUACCCGCAGGGCCAGGAGCCCGGUUACCCGCAUCUGGGGGAUCCGUACGCAGCGCUCAGCCCGCUGCACCAGCACCAGCAGCCCGCCUGGCCCCCGCAGCGCGGCCGACAAGACGACACGGGGCUGCUCUCGCAGACGCACCGUGCCCUGGGGCUCGACCCCCGCCGCGAGUACCCCACCGUGCCCCGCCUGCUCCACGGGCUGCCCGAUGGCGGACACGGCCUCGCCGACGGCCCGCUGGGCCUCCACGGCCUCGGCCACCACGGCAUCGAGGACAUCCAGGCCGUGGACGACGGCGGGAUGAACCUGCUCGAUCAGUCCGUGAUCAAGAAAGGCUGGCUCAGGUGCUCCGAUCACCUGCUGCUUGCGGGAACAGGAAAGCAGCAACUGAAGAUCGAGGGGGACUUUUGGUUUACUCAGAUGACGAGAGACAAUUUUGGUUCCCCAAAAGCCAAGGAAACAAAGCUGUCAGGCUUUAAUGGUAGCUUGUCUCCCUCCUGCAGCAUGUUUAUGGGCAAACAAGCUGCAGAUCAGACCAGGCAAACAGCAGCAGUGCCCAUCCCCUCGAAGGCCAACGGCACCAGCAUCCCCAGCCUGGCCAUGAACAAGGACGGCCUGAUCGGAGGGGUGACGAAUCCCAACGAGGUCUUCUGCUCCGUGCCCGGCCGCCUCUCGCUGCUCAGCUCCACCUCCAAGUACAAGGUGACGGUCGGGGAGGUGCAGCGGAGGCUCUCGCCCCCCGAGUGUCUCAACGCCUCUCUCCUCGGCGGGGUUCUCCGCAGAGCAAAAUCCAAAAACGGGGGUCGGUGUUUAAGGGAAAGGCUAGAGAAAAUCGGGCUAAACCUGCCUGCAGGAAGGCGCAAAGCUGCCAACGUCACCCUGCUGACGUCCCUCGUGGAAGGUGAAGCCGUUCAUCUGGCUCGGGAUUUUGGGUACGUGUGCGAAACAGAAUUCCCAGCCAAGGCAGCGGCGGAAUACCUGUGCCGACAGCACUCCGACCCCACGGAGCUCCACACCAGGAAAAACAUGCUGCUGGCUACCAAGCAAAUUUGUAAAGAGUUUGCAGACUUGAUAGCCCAGGAUCGCUCACCAUUGGGGAACAGCCGCCCCUCGCUCAUCCUCGAGCCCGGUGUCCAGAGCUGUUUGACUCAUUUCAGCUUGAUCACCCACGGUUUCGGGGGCCCGGCCAUCUGUGCUGCCCUCACCGCCUUCCAGAACUACCUGGUGGAGUCCCUCAAGGGGCUGGAUAAAAUGUUCCUGAACAGCACAGGGAAUGGGCACGCGGCCGGAGACUCCAAAGCGUCAGAAAAAGAAGCGAAGCAUCGGAAAUAACGCGCUGUAGGCGGAAAGAUGACCCAGGGCACCGUUUUCUGAACUGCUACAUUGGAACUUGGGAUGAAACUCAUAAAGCAAAUAAAGACAAAAAAAAAAAAGAGGAAGAUUUAAGGAAUUUAAGAAGAAAACAACUCUAAUGGACACUGUAAGAUUGAGAGAAUAAGCCAAGGUGAUGGCUUUUACCUUUUUUUUGUUUUUAAAUGGAUGCAGGAAGCCAAGUCAUGUGCAAUUUUGUUUUGUUCUGUUUUAAAACCCAUAGUGAAAUCCUCACGUGCUCCAGGAAUUUGUUCCAACUGAAAAGCUGGAGGAGAAAGAGCAAAAGCCUCAUCAAUGCAAGAAGCAGAGGCUGGAGCAGCAGAGGGCAGGGAGUCGGGUUGCCAGGUGUACCUGGAUUUAUCAGCUGAUUUUGACAGGCAAACACAGAAAAACCUCCCUAUAUCCCCACAGCCCAGCCCCGUUCUAGAGCCAGGCCAAGAGGAAAUUGCCAGGAGAAUUGCUUUGGAUUGAAAGCAGCUUCAGACUUCGUUUACAGUUGUUAAAUUGAGACUCAAGGCGGAUUUUCCCCGACGGCUGCCAGGGCAGGAGCCCUCCUGACCGCGACAGGCACAGCUGGGGAUAAAGCAGCGUCAGCUCAACCCAGGACUAAUUCAAACUCCACAACCUACCAAUAACAGCACACAAGUUUCUAAAAUUAAUAAUAAUUAAUAAAAGCACAAGGAGCAGAACUUGAACCAGGCCAAACGGAACUGUUCUAAAUCUGUAUAUAUUUAUUUAUGUGUAAUUAAAAUCUGAAAGUUUUAAGAUGUCCAGUGCAAGUUAUUUAUAUAAAAUUGAGUUGAGUUUUUUUGUUUUGCCCUUUUUUUUUUUUUUUUUUAAAAAAAAAGAUGAAAGUCUUUGGAUUUUCUGCCAUUAGAAAUGGGAAUGAAGUUUUGGAUACACAAAACUGUAGCAUGGACAAGAUAGGCUGUCAUGAUAAUGACUAUAGGAGUUCUGCAGGAUUUUGUACUUACUGUUGUUUCUCUUAAUGCUGCAAUAGAUGUACAACACCCACACCACAAUGUCAUUCUCAUUAUCUUAAUAAACCUCUUUUUAUCUGAAGAAA